GAGACCCAGACCAGCCCCACCCGCUGCUCCCCGACCCACAGCAGUCAGUCAGCCAUGGAGAAGAGCGCCCACACGGUGAUCGACGUGGCCGGCUACCUGGGCACCAUCCAGCUCCGCCAGUGGCCGCAGUACGUGGGCACGCUGCUGGCCGGUCUCACGCAGCUCGAGAUCGGCAUUGUGAUGGCCUUCUCGGCCGUGCUGUUGCCGCAGCUGGAGGCGGACGGGGUGGAAGUCUCUCCCGAACACCAGAGCCUUCUCGCCUAGCCGGUAGCGGCGCCCGGCACCGGAAGUCUGUUUGUCCAUCACCACGGCCGGCAUCGUGCUGGGCUGCUCUCUGAGUACGGUGCUGCUGCGCUACAUGGGCCCGCGCCGGCUCAUGAUGCUGCACGGCCCGCCGGCGGCCGCCAGCUGGCUCCUGGUGGCCGCCGCCAGCGACGUCCGCCUCGUCAUCGCCGGAAGGCUCCUGGUCAGCUUCUUCAACGCCGUCACGCUGCCCUGCUACCAGGCCUACAUCUGCGACGUGGCUGUGCCGCGGCUGCGGGGCCGGCUCUCGGCCACGCCCGAGGUGCUCUGCUCGCUGGGCGUGCUCAUCGGCUACGGCGUCGGCUCGGCCGUGCACUGGACGCACAUGGCCGCCAUCCUGGGCGUGCUGCCGAACGUGCUGAUCUUCGCCGGCUUCCUCUGGCUGCCGGAGUCGCCCAGCUGGCUGACCGCGCAGCUGCAGUUCGACGAGGCCGCCGAGGCGGGACGCUUCUACAAGGGCGACGACUACCCAGUGGAGCGCGAGAUCGAGGCCGCCGCGCGCCGCGCCGAGAAGAGCGAGCGCGUGACCGUGCGGGACGUACUGCGGAAGAUGGCACACCGCGAGACGCUGCUGCCCAUCCUGCUGGUCACCGGCCUGUUCGUGUUCCAGAUCCUGUCCGGCAUGCUGGCCGUGCUCAGCUACGUGGUGACCAUUUUCCAGAUGGCGGGCACCUCGCUGGACGAGUACAUGUGCGCCGUCAUCAUCGGCGUCACCCGGCUGACGGCCAACGUGCUGGCCUCCGGGUUCGCCGACCGGUUCGGCCGCCGCACGCUGCUGAUCGGCUCCAGUCUGAUGUCGGCGCUCAGCCUGGCCACGCUGGGGGCCUACUUCUGGGCGCAGCAGCGCGGCCAGCUGGCCUCGGCCGACAGUCUCGGCUGGGUGCCCGUCACCGCCCUCAUCCUCUACAUGGCCGCCGCCAACUUCGGCAUCGGCCCCGUCACCUGGAUGGCCAUGGGGGAGCUGGUGCCGGCCAGCGUCAGCUCGGUGGCUAACGGCGCCAUCCUGCUCGUCUGGGGCGCCGUCUACUUCGGCGUGCUGCAGGCGUUCCCGUACCUGACGCGCUGGCUGGGCGCGCACGGCACCUUCUGGGCGUUCGCCGCGUGCUGCGCCGCGCUGGCCGCCUUCACGGCGCUGCUGCUGCCGGAGACGCGCGGCCUGGAGCUGCACCAGGUGGAGACGCUGUUCGCGCGCCGGCCGCCCACCGACGCCAGCCAGGACAAGAAGGCGGACGACCUGCGGGACGUCCGUCCGCGCCGCCAGCCGCUGCCGGUGCAGCGUAACGCGCUGCAGCUGGACCGGCAGCAGGUGCAGGAGCUGCGGCAGGUGCGUCGGCGCACCGAGUCCUGCACGGCCGAGUUCCGCACUCCCGCCGCCAACUAGAACCUACCAUUCCAACCGGUGGCGCCUCAACACCCACUGGAGGUGGGUCCGGCUCAUAGUUCCACCGGCGAACAGUUCCAACUGUAGUGACCGGCACAGGGACGAUACCCGCGGUCAACCGCACCUGCGAUGCCCAAUAUCAUUAGACGUUAGGGAAAGUGCCGAGGGAGAAAUGCACUUCGUGAUAAGCAUUAUUGCUGGUCUCAUGGUUGUGCUUGUAUGCUAGAACACAAACAAACUGAAAACAGUGGCGUAUCUAAUACAAAGGCAACCCUGCCUUGAAACAUUAUUAGGUAGGCUUGAAUAGUGGCAAGAGCGGCGAGUGGAAUAAAUGGAAAAUGUCGGUUACAUGAUGUAUCGAGUGUGAAUUGGUUGCGCUAUCGGGAGCGUAGACAACAAGUUCAUUUGCGCAUGCUAAUUUUACGCAUGAAAAGUUAGGAGUUAAUAACCAACUGUCGUGCUAACUGCUAAUGUUCAUUCAAAAUUCGCUUGGAAUGUGUUUCAAGUUUCCCCAAGCCCUGAUGCCUCACAAUCUGGGUGAACUGAACUCUGUGACAACGCCGCAAACAUACAACAAAGAAACAUA